AUGACCGUUCUGCAGGAACUCCGGCUGGGAGAGCCGUAUCCUGGUCGUGCAAACAGUCUCCUGGUUCACAUCCCAACAUGGGCCGACAUGGUGGAUUUUGGGCAGGGAAAGGCACAGAUGAACCACGGCUAUUCAAGGUCUGUGGUGCACCCUGAUAUUCGUCUGCUCAGUUCGGAGAUUCUCGCCAAGGUCCAUCAUGACAAUAAAGAAUGCACCCAUUCUUCCCUUCUGCUGUUCUCUGGUGCCCGCGCCGCCUUCUCCUGCAAGCACUAUAUCCUUCUUCUCUCGCAGGCCAAGGACCAGCCAAUCCUCGCCCAUUCAAUCCAGGUGUACCGGGUGGACUUCAGUACCUCUUCGUUGUGCCGUGAUCACCACGCUCGCCCGUCUGGGACAACCCUUUACGCUGUCCUCUACCCCAGUGCGGCGAGACAGGAUGCUCGUUUGUUUUGGCAGCGCGCUGGGCCAGGGAUGUCAUCGCGGUUAGCACAGCAAUGCCUCCAGUACGGCUCUGCACCUCGGCUUCACGCGAUGACUGCUCCUCCCACCACCAUACAGAGCACCCCUGCCGACUCCCAUCCAGUGUAUGAGGAGCUCUGUUUCAGAAUUGCUGGCUAUUUCCAGCACCGGGCAGCUCAGCCCCAGGUUGCUCAUCAGGUCGCUGCCUCCGACGUCUUCCUAUAUGCCUCGGGAAUGGCGGCCAUCUACCAUGUGCAUCAGUCCAUCCUGGACUGGCGGAACGGGGAGUCCGUGAAUGCUGGUCUUGUAUAUGAACCCACCAUGAGGAUCUUGCAAACGAAAGGCCCGGGAUUGAGGUCCUAUAACCUCGGAACGCAGGCUGACUUGGACCGUCUUGCCGCCCAGCUGGAGCAGGGAUCUGAGGAUGUUCGCGCGGUACAAGCAAUCUGGUGUGAAUGCCCCAGCAACCCAAUCCUGCAAACAGUUGAUUUGCAGUGUUUACGCCGGCUGGCGGAUCAACAUAACAUUCUUGUAGUGGUAGACGAUAGCGUCGCCAGCUUCGCCAACGUUGACCUUUUAGGAGUGGCGGAUGUUGUCGUCUCGUCGCUGUCCAAGUACUUCAGCGGAUAUGCCGAUGUUAUGGCAGGAAGUGCUAUUUUGAAUCCAAAUUCGAGGCACUACGCCGCUCUUCAAAGACAACUGUCUGCCACGUACGAGAACGGCCUCUUUGUCGAAGAUGCGAUCCGGCUGGAAUCAAAUAGCCGGGACUUUCUCACCCGCAUGGCUCGAAUCAAUGAGACCACGCAGUACCUUGUCUCCCAGCUCCUGCCGCUCGUCAUGGAUCCCGCGAGCCCGCUGAUGCGCAUUUUCUACCCGUCCGUGUGCACAUCGCGUCCGUACUACGAGCGUCAGAUGCGUCCUGCCUGGCCAGAGGGGCCUCGUCCAGGGUAUGGGGGCGUCUUCACGAUGGAGUUCGCAGACGUCGCAACCUCGGCGGUCUUCUUUGACCAUUUACACGUCUACAAGGGGCUAUCGUUUGGUGCAGAUGUCUGCAUCGCGUCGCCCUAUAUGCAGAUGACGGGGCAAGCAGGGAAGAAGCAGGCGUCUUCCAGCGGAAUAAGCGAGACCAUUAUCCGUUUCUCUGUGGGCCUGGAGGAGGCUGAGGAGAUUUUGCAGCGGAUCAACGGUGCGCUGGAAGCCGCAAGUGUUGUGUAUAGCCAAGGUUAUUCGUCCCUGUAG